GCUUGUUUAGAGUUCGGCUCGUACUUCAGUCCAGUAUAUUAUUCUCACAAAGGUGUCGUUUGACAUUUAUGUUUAUAAAUUCCCAUCUCUACUUGUGCAGAGAACGUGUUAAAUUAUUAGUUAGUAAAUGACUGAAAAUUCCGAAUAGGAUAAUUUUCUAGUGUCGUAUUUUUGCGAUAAUACAUGCAAUUGUGUUUGCGGCAUCUAUGAAAUACGAAGUGUUGGAAUGUUUCAGUAUCAAUAGUGUUUUGUGUUAGGAAGUAUUCUAUGGAGAUCGAUUCAGUGACUUAUUGAAGUUGAUAACGCAACGUUCAAAAGACGAUGAAAUUGAUGGUUGCUGUAUAGUUCGUGCUAGAGGACUUCCAUGGCAAAGUUCUGAUAGAGAUAUUGCAAAAUUUUUCAUUGGUUUAAAUAUUAUCAAAGGCGGCGUGGCCUUGUGUUUGUCGGCUCAAGGAAGACGGAACGGCGAGGCCCUGGUGCGAUUCGAGUCGCAGGAACACAGAGACAUGGCACUCAAAAGGCAUAAGCAUCACAUCGGCUCCAGAUAUAUUGAGGUAUACAGGGCGACUGGUGAAGACUUCUUAGCUGUUGCCGGAGGAGCGAGCAAUGAAGCACAAGCUUUUCUAUCGCGCGGGGCGCAAGUUAUCGUUCGGAUGCGAGGGUUGCCUUAUGAUUGCACCGCAACUCAAGUGUUGGAUUUCUUCUCCGCCGGCGAGCAGCCUUGCACGGUCCUGGACGGUGCAGAGGGCGUUUUGUUCGUGAAGAAACCAGACGGCAGGGCUACUGGUGAUGCCUUCGUUUUGUUCGCCGACGAAAGUGACGCUCCAAAAGCUCUCUCCAAACAUCGCGAAUUAAUUGGAGCACGAUACAUCGAGUUAUUCAGAUCGACGACUGCUGAAGUGCAACAGGUUUUAAAUCGGUCUAUGGAUCCAAAGACAUAUGAAACACCUGCGCCACCUCUAAUAGCGCAGCUACCUCAAGUGCCACUUUUACCACAGCAUGUGAUAACGAGUGGAACACUGAAAGACUGCAUCAGACUGCGCGGGCUACCUUACGAAGCCCAAGUGGAACACAUUCUACAUUUUCUAGAAGAUUUCGCUAAGAAUAUUGUGUUCCAAGGAGUUCAUAUGGUCUACAAUGCCCAGGGUCAACCUAGCGGAGAAGCAUUUAUUCAGAUGGAUUCAGAGCAAUCUGCAUUCAUGUGCGCUCAGCAGAAACAUCAUAGGAAUAUGGUGUUUGGGAAAAAGCAGCGUUAUAUUGAGGUAUUCCAAUGCAGUGGGGAAGACAUGAACCUUGUACUGACAGGCGGUCUUCCUGCUCCAACGAGUCCAGUGAAGGCAGGUGGUCUGCUGUCACCCGGUAUGUUAUUAUCUGCAUCUUCUAACACCCUGAAUAGUACAUCCGCUGGUGUCAACAUUUCAACAUUGCCUCCCACAAAUAUACCUCCUCCAAUGCCUACUCCAUUAACAGCCGGUUUGAUACCCGGUUCCUUGUCUCUCCCAGCUGCUGUUGCGACAGCUCCACCACAGUCGUCAAUGCCUUCGACAAUGACAUCACUAGCGCAUACAUUUUCAGUAGCACCGCCGAUAAUGUCAUUUGCUCCUCCAACCUCCACUAUGACUUCCAUUCCUCCGCCUACUCAGAACGCUCAGAAACUGAUACCGCCGCCGGCUAUAAAUUUGUCAUGGGAAAAUCCCGCGUUAUACGCCCAGCAGCAAGCUCAGAUGAUAGCGCAGCAGAGCUUGUUGGCUAGGCAGAAUGCUCAGAACGAGCAACUAUUCUUUGCUCAAAUCGCUCAUAAUAUGAACGUCGCAGCUGCGAUGGCUCAACAAAAUGCAGCGGGUUCACCUUCGGCUGCGGGGUUAUUAGGGCUGCAACCCAGCGCUGCUAAUUUAGGUUUGCUUCCAACUGCAAUGCCGGGUUAUGGUCAUUUGUUACCUCAAGCAGGUUUUCACGCGAAUCCUUACGUAUUGGUGCCACAAAGAUUGCCUUUGAUAAGGCACCCCGGUUUGCCACAAGUUGCUCCUCAGAUGGCUUCUCAAACGCCCGUCGCCCCAUUGAAGCGAUCGUAUGAGCAAGCCUUCACGGGGGAUUUGUCCACCCAUGGCUUACAUAAACGCCCUUACCCGGCUUUGCCUCAGGCUCCGUCCUCACUUGCCUAUACACAGUUUUACCCUAACAUGUAAGUGAAUUAGGUACUAUGACGUUUAAACUUAAAAUUUAUUUUAUUAUUUACUUUAGCCAUUAUGAUUUACCAGAUUUGAUUAUUCUUAUGCGACAUGAACGCGAAUUUAAUUCGAGUUUUACCCGACUACAAUAUAUUGGGAUGAAAAUAUGAAAUGUUUUCCAUAUAUUUGCUAAUUAGGACUGUGACGUAAUUAAAAAUUAUUAUGAAUUAAAUUUUUCCUUAGAUUUUUAAGUGUGACAAGUUGAUAUAAAUAAAACAUGAC